GACGACGUCGUCGAUGUCGAGGUGCCUGCUGGUCUCGUCGAAGCUGUGCACGGCCAUGUGGAAUGCCUCCUCCUGGAAGACCACAUGGACGCCCUCCAUGGCGAAGAAGCAGCUGCGCUCGGGGUUGCUGUCGCUGUAGAGCAGCGUGGCCCGGUUCCACUGGUGGUGGCGGAAGAGGGCCAGCAGCAUCUCUCCCAUCUUGGCGUAGGCGGGCGCGACGCGGGUGAGGUGCGAGUACUCGCCGCCCUUGGCGCCGAAGCCGGCGGCCAGCGCGCCCGCCGACAGCAUGGGCACGUCCCAGUGCGCGGCCAGCCGCGCCACCGGCGCCGCCGCGUACUCGCACACCGGCCCCAGCAGCAGGUCGGGGCGGCGGCGCUGCAGGGCCACCAUGUCCACCAGGCUGAACAGGGCGCGGUUGCCGCACGCCGAGUCCUCGUAGGUGAGCUGGAAGACGUAGCCGGGCGGCAGACCUGCGCCGCUCUCCCGCAGGCUCCGCACCGCGUACUCGAUGGCCGGCCGCACCCGCCCCAGCGAGAAGAGGUGAAUGCUGGGGAAGAGAAGAAAGCUGACUGCGGGAAGAAGAAGAUGAAGGAAGGGGCUGGCGAUGGAGGGCGGUCGGAGCUGAAUCCCUGGCCUGCAUUUAUUAAUGAGCGUUUAGAGAUGUACAAUAAACUCAAGGCUGAACAUGAUGCACUGCUUGCAGAAAGAGCUGCAAAUGACAGCAAACCCAUUAAAGUUACAUUACCUGAUGGCAAGCAAGUUGAUGCUGAAUCUUGGAAGACUACUCCUUAUCAAGUCGCCUGUGGAAUUAGUCAGGGAUUAGCUGACAACACGGUUAUUGCCAAAGUGAACAAGGUGGUUUGGGAUCUAGACCGUCCUUUGGAGGAGGAUUGUUCCUUGGAGCUGCUUAAGUUUGAAGAUGAAGAGGCUCAAGCAGUCUACUGGCACUCAAGUGCUCACAUAAUGGGUGAAGCUAUGGAACGAAUCUAUGGUGGCUGUUUGUGCUAUGGCCCACCAAUAGAAAAUGGAUUUUAUUACGACAUGUUUCUUGAGGAAGGGGGUGUAUCAAGUAAUGACUUCUCUGCUUUGGAAACAUUAUGCAAAAAGAUAAUGAAGGAAAAACAAGCCUUUGAAAGACUGGAAGUUAAGAAAGAAACACUGCUUGAAAUGUUUAAGUACAAUAAAUUCAAGUGUCGCAUCCUGAAUGAGAAGGUCAAUACCCCAACUACUACAGUAUAUAGGUGUGGUCCCCUGAUAGAUUUAUGCAGAGGCCCUCACGUCAGACAUACUGGCAAGAUAAAGACCAUAAAAAUUCAUAAGAAUUCUUCUACCUAUUGGGAAGGCAAGGCCGAUAUGGAAUCCCUCCAGAGGAUCUACGGAAUUUCAUUCCCAGAUACAAAAAUGCUGAAGGAGUGGGAGAAAUUCCAGGAGGAGGCUAAAAGCAGAGAUCACAGAAAAAUUGGGCGGGACCAAGAGCUGUUUUUCUUCCAUGAGCUCAGCCCUGGUAGCUGUUUUUUCUUGCCAAAAGGAGCUUACAUUUAUAACACAUUGAUUGAAUUUAUACGGAGUGAGUAUCGAAAACGUGGAUUUCAGGAGGUUGUCACUCCAAAUGUUUUCAACAGCAAACUGUGGAUGACUUCAGGGCACUGGCAGCAUUACAGUGACAAUAUGUUUUCCUUUGAAGUGGAGAAAGAAAUCUUUGCUCUGAAGCCUAUGAACUGUCCAGGACACUGCCUUAUGUUUGACCAUCGCCCGAGGUCGUGGCGCGAGCUGCCGUUACGGUUGGCAGAUUUUGGUGUCCUGCAUCGCAACGAGCUGUCGGGAGCUCUGACAGGACUCACCCGAGUACGCCGGUUCCAGCAGGAUGAUGCUCACAUCUUCUGUGCUAUGGAGCAGAUUGAAGAAGAGAUAAAAAGCUGUCUGGAAUUCUUGCGUACCGUGUAUGAUGUCUUUGGAUUUUCGUUUAAACUGAAUCUCUCCACUCGUCCUGAAAAGUACCUUGGGGAUAUUGAAGUGUGGAAUCAAGCUGAAAAGCAACUUGAAAGCAGCCUUAAUGCCUUUGGUGAGAAGUGGGAGUUAAACCCUGGUGAUGGAGCUUUCUAUGGACCUAAGAUCGACAUUCAGAUUAAGGAUGCCAUUGGCCGAUACCACCAAUGUGCUACAAUUCAGCUUGACUUCCAGUUGCCUGUCAGAUUUAACCUCACCUUUGUCAGCCAUGAUGGCAAUGACAAGACAAGGCCAGUUAUCAUUCACCGGGCUAUCUUGGGAUCUGUGGAGAGAAUGAUUGCCAUUCUAACUGAGAACUAUGGAGGCAAAUGGCCACUCUGGCUGUCCCCACAGCAAGUAAUGGUGGUACCAGUGGGACCAGCAUGUGAUGAGUAUGCUCAAAAGGUCAGGCAGCACUUCCAUGAUGCUGGAUUUAUGGCAGAUGUUGAUGUAGAUCCUGGGUGCACACUGAAUAAGAAGAUCAGAAAUGCUCAGCUUGCACAGUAUAACUUUAUUUUGGUUGUUGGUGAAAAGGAGAAGGCAAGUGGAACAGUGAACAUCCGCACCCGAGACAACAAGGUGCAUGGGGAAAGAACCAUUGCAGACACUGUGGAGAGGCUGCUGCAGCUGAAAUGCUCUCGUUCCAGACAAGCUGAAGAAGAAUUUUAACACUGUCUGCUCUACCUGGCAUAAAGAAUUUGUAGUUUUCCUAAUUUAGUUAACUAGAGUUUUUGUUCUGAGCCAGAUUUGAAGUAUAUUUUACAUUUGGACCUGUUGCUUAUUUUAAUGGGGAUCUUUCUUUAGUCAAAAAUGCCUCUUUUUGUAUAAAAAAAUCAAGUUUUUCAAAAACAUUGAAGUAGAAUUUCCUGGCUUCUAGCCAAUGACAAAUGAAGCAGGAUGAAAUUACUUUCUGUGACUGCAGGUGAGGAUUGAAACAUUAAUUAGGGGUAUCUGUGGGAUUCUAACUGCCUUUUUAAGAAUAACGUACAUUUUGAUAACAAAUAUUUUUCAUGCCACUUUAACAGUAGACCUCAGGCUUAAGAACCCACAUAGUAACCAUGUGCUACAGCAGCAGCUUCUGGACUGUCUUCAUGAGCAAAGAAAAUUAUACCUUGCCGUCCUGUCUCAUGGGCUCUUACUAGUUGUGAGUGUAUUGACUCUCCAGAGCUCCCAGUCACACAAACAGGGACAUGAACAGAGGCUUCUUGCUUCCACAGUAGCUUCCACUGCCAAGGUUGUUACCUCUGGCAGUGUCUCAGCUCCCAGGUGAGGCGUUCCUGACUUCACAGUGGGGCCCUCUGCCACAGAGCACAGGGCUGCUAACCAAAGCUGACUGUGCCCCUUUCCAAAGGCAGUCUCUGAGAUGUGCUGGCUCUGCAGGUAAGAUGCUCAGAGCUGUAGAAAGGGGAUAACACUGUCUGGAAAAUCAGGCACAGUAGAGCCAAAGAAGCAGCUGAGGAAACCACUGCUAGUAUUAGGAACAAAGAGUGUUUCUGUUCAUGUCUCUGAGGUGUCUUUACAGUAAGGCCAUCUGUCACACAGAAACAAGAAUGUACUGAACAAAAAAAGGUAGCGAUUACUUCUUUAAAACAAAUGCUACUUUUCACUUUAACAGGUACAGUCCCUUCCAGGGAACGCUUCCUUCCCAAGCCUCUAGUUCAAGGUAUCACAUGAUUAGCAGCCCUUCCUAUCUUACUGCUGAGGGAUCUCAUCUCUUGAUUCUGGAUUUGUUUUGGGCUUUUUCUAUGCAUCUGGCUAACAAGAGGCAAAUGUCUGUCACUGACAAAAAAUAAAAUCUUGGUCUGA